AGCAGGGUCACCUGUACCCAGCUGUCUGUCCAUGAAGAGUGAUCAUUCAAUGCAUAAUCCAAUUCUCUUCAAAGGGGAAUUCACAGGUGAUUCAAGGAUGCAGGGGUCACUGGAGUCAAGUUGUUCAGAAGAGAAGAAUUCAGAAAAAUUAUCAUUCCCAAAACAGUCACUACUGCACACUCUGAUGAAGCUGAAGAAGGAUGAAAAGUUGAAACUGUUUCUGAGCCAUCUUAGCCAGGAUUGCCCAGAAUGCUUUACGAGUUUAUCUGAAGAUCCUUCUACACUGGAUAAGUUCAUGAAGAUGAAGAAAUUGUUCAAGAGUCAAAUUAAUAAUUACCCAGAAUGCACUGAGAGCAGGCAGGAGGAUCCUGAGGCCCUGUACAUAGCUGAGAAGAUGUUGGAGGCCUGUGGUAGUGAGGGGUCAUGGAAGAUCACACACCAUAUCCUGAAGAACAUGAAGCAGAAGGAUCUCUCUGACUCACUGGAGAGAGAUGAGCAGCACAAAAAAAUAAUUAAAAGAGCCCAGCAGGCACUGAAAGUUGAUCAGAAGAAGAAGGUCAAAUGCAUAUUUGAAGGUUUCGUGAAGCAGGAUCCCCCAAUUCUCCUCAACGAGAUCUAUACAGAGCUCUACAUCACAGAGGGGGGAAGUGGGGCAGUCAAUACUGAACAUGAGAUCAGACAUAUUGAGGCAGCAUCCAAGAGACAGAGGACCCAGGAGACUGCAAUCUCCUGCAAUGACAUCUUUAAGCCUUUACCUGGACAAGAGAAACCUAUCAGAACUGUGCUUACAAAGGGCAUUGCUGGCAUUGGGAAAACAAUCUCUGUGCAGAAGUUCAUUCUGGACUGGGCAGAAGGAAAAGCCAAUCAGGACAUUGAUUUCAUCUUAUCUCUUCCUUUCCGAGAUCUGAAUCUAAAGAAGGAGAGAGAAUUCAGUCUGAUGCAACUUCUGCAGCACUACUUUACACAACUAAAAGACAUCAAAAGUGUUGAAGGUGAUCAAGUCAAAGUUUUAUUUAUCUUUGAUGGUCUGGAUGAGUGUCGACUUCCUCUAAAUUUCCGAAGCAAUAAGAAGUGCUGUGAUAUAACAGAGUCAUCGUCAGUAGAUGUGCUGCUGACCAACCUCAUUAAGGGGAAUCUGCUUCCCUCUGCUCUCCUCUGGAUCACCUCCCGACCAGCAGCAGCCAAUCAAAUCCCUCCAGAGUGCAUCCACCAGGUGACAGAGGUACGAGGGUUCAAGGACCCACAAAAGGAGGAGUAUUUCAGAAAGAGAAUCAGAGAUCAGAACCAGGCCAGCACAAUUAUCUCACACAUAAAGUCAUCCAGGAGUCUCUACAUCAUGUGUCACAUACCAGUCUUCUGCUGGAUUUCUGCUACUGUCCUGGAGACAAUGUUGGGUGAAAUACAGAGUGGAGAUCUGCCCAAAACUCUGACUGAAAUGUACACACACUUCCUGCUCAUUCAGACUAAUAUGAAGAAUCAGAAGUAUCUUGGCGCCAAUCGAAAGAACAUGUCAGUGUCAGAUACAGAAAUCAUCCUGAAACUGGGGCAGCUGGCUUUUCGACACCUGGAAAGGGGCAAUCUGAUAUUUUAUGAACAAGACCUGAGAGAGAGUGGCAUUGAUGUAAAUGAAGCUUCAGUGUACUCCGGGGUGUGCACAGAGAUCUUUAAAGAGGAAUGUGGAUUAGAUCAGCAGAAAGUCUACUGCUUUGUGCAUCUGAGCAUUCAGGAGUAUCUGGCUGCCUUGUUUGUCUUUCAUUCGUUAGUAAGUGAGAACAGAAAUGUACUCAGUGCAGAUGAAUCAAAACCUUGCAUUGACAGAGUGCAGCUGUCUGAGUUACACAAGACUGCAGUGGAUCAGGCCUUAAAGAGUGAGAAUGGACAUCUGGACCUUUUCCUCCGAUUCCUUCUUGGCCUCUCUCUGGACUCCACGCGGACUCUGUUAGGAGGGCUACUGACACAGACAGGAAGCAGAUCUCAUGGAGGAAGACAAAUAAAAAACUCUAUUUUUGCUUUCUUUCAAAAAUUACUGCCAUGGACAGGAAGCAGUUCAACUGUACCAGACCCACAGACACAGACAGGAAGCAGAUCAGAGAGCAUUGAGAAAACAGUCCAGUGUAUUAAGAUGAAGAUCAGAGAGGAAUCUUCAGCAGAGAGGACCAUCAAUUUGUUCCACUGUCUGAAUGAACUGAAUGACAACUCUCUAGCGGAGGAAAUCCAGAAUUCCCUCAGAUCAGGAACACUCUCUGAUAAAGAGCUGGAACCACACCAAUGUUCAGCUCUGGCCUUUGUCUUACUGAUGUCAGAGGAGGUCCUGGAUGAGUUUGACUUGAAGACCUACAACACAUCAGCAGCAGGUCAUCAGAGACUGCUACCCAUAGUUAGGAACUGCAGGAAGGCAGUACUGAACAGCUGUGAUCUCACUAAUAAGUCCUGCAAAAUUGUGGCCUCAGCUCUCCAGUCUUCAAACUCGCCCCUGAAAGAUCUCAACCUCAGUUACAAUAACGUGCAAGAUUCAGGAGUGGAGCUGCUCUGUGCUGGACUGAGGAAUCCAAACUGUAAACUACUGAGACUGGGAUUGAACAGCUGUGGUCUCACAGAGAACUCCUGUGAUAUUCUGGUCUCUGCUCUCCAAUUAUCAAACUCACGCCUGAGAGAUCUGGACCUCAGCUACAAUAACCUGGGAGAUUCUGGAGUGAAGAUGCUCAGUGCUGGACUGAUGACUGCAAACUGUAAACUACAGACACUGGGGCUGGGUUGGUGUAAUCUCACAGAGGGCUGCUGUGAUGUUCUGGCCUCAGUCCUGCGUUCUCCUCACUCAGAGCUGAGAGAUCUGGAGCUCAGAGACAAUGAGCUGCAGGAUUCAGGAGUGAGAGCGCUCUCUGCUGGACUGGUGGACCCACACUGUAAACUGCAGAGACUAGGGCUGUCAGGCUGUGGAAUCACACAGAGAGGCUGUGAUUCUCUGGCUUCAGCUCUGUGUUCAAACCCCUCACACCUGAGAGAGCUGGACCUGAGAUACAAUCACCCAGGAGACUCAGGAGUGAGAGCGCUGUCUGCUGCUAAACUGGACACACUCACACUGCUGGAAAUAUUCCAUGUGGACCAUGCAGGACAGAACAGGACCAAACCAGGACCCAGGAAAUACAGCAGUCAGCUCACACUGAAUCCAAACUCAGCAAACAGAGAUCUGUCUCUGUCUAAGGGGAACAGGAAGGUGACCCACCACUGGAGAAAGGAGCAGCCACAUCCCGAUCAUCAACUGAGAUUUGAGAACUGUCACCAGGUCGUGUGCAGAGAGAGUGUGUGUGAGCGCCAUUACUGGGAGGCUGAGUACAGUAUGUCUGACGAGGGAAUGGUUUAUGUAGCAGUGACAUACGAAGGAGAGGAUUCUGACUGCUUGUUUGGAGGGAAUAAAAACUCCUGGAGUCUGAGGCAUGUUAAACACAUUUACUCUGUCAGUCACAAUGCCAUCAACACACACAUCCCUGCCUCCCCUUACCGCAGAGCAGGAGUGUGUGGUGAUAAUGGCGCUGGUAAAGGAGUGUGUGUGUACAGGGUGGGAGUGUGUGUGGACCGUCCAGCCGGCACUCUGUCCUUCUACAGCAUCUCUGACACUGACACACUGACCCUGCUGCACACAUUCCACACACACUUCACUGAACACACACCCCUCUGUGCUGGAUUUGGAGUGUAUAACUCCUCAGUGUCCCUGUGCCAACUGGAGUAGAGUUUAUGUCUCUCUGAUACACAUACACACACAUAUGCAGUACGGGAACAAAUUUUGGAAACAUUGUGAUUUUAAAAAUUUAGUACUCUUGCUAAAUGUUUAUCUAUACCCUUUCUUUCGUUUGAGUGUUAGUAAUUAGCUAAGUAAUGGGCAUCAGUAAUUAUAAAUGCACAUGUAUUAAAGCCAAAAAAUGAUUUGCUUUGCAUGAAUAUUAUCAUUUUAGGUAUAAAAUACUGGACAAAGAAAUACAUGAUCAAUCGGAUGAUAAAAUUUCCAACAGUAAAAUACAAUCGACUGCUAAAAUAUGUAGGUAUGACACAGAUUUAACACAAAUACUAA